AUGCCACCAUCUGCAAAGAAGAGCCGUGAGAAUAAGACAUCGCGGGGUAGAUACACGUCCAAGGCAUGCGAGGAAUGUCGACGACGGCGGGCCAAGUGCGAUGGAGAAAGGCCAUCCUGCUCUCGCUGUGUCGAUCGAGAUAUCCCGUGCCAGUAUUCUGGCGUUGAAGAUGGCCGGAAACCAGCGCCCAAAUCAUACGUGCUGCUUCUCCGCGAACGCAUCACCUCACUGGAGAAUCUAUUGAGAAAGCACGGAAUCGAUCCGAAUUCUGCUGAUCACGCUAUUCCAGAUGAAUUGACUGAGCAUAUUCCUCACGAUGGCCAGAUCACGGAUGGAAAUGAUUCCGCAUUAGAAGACCUGUGCGGCACCUUUGAAGGGUGUCUAACACUGGACGACUCGUUGAACUUCGAUCAAGACGGCGAAAUGCGAUACUUCGGACCAACAAGUGGUCGUCUCCAGUUUCCUCUCUCCGGGGCAGACUUGAAUCUACCGGGUUUGGGCAAGUCACAUAUCGACGGCUACUCGGAUCUUGCAGAUGCGGGUAUAUCAACCGAUCUGCAGUCGGAGUUGAUCGAUCUGUAUUUCAAAUGGGAAGGGCCGAUAGCUCCCAUCGUCGAUGAGGGUCUAUUCCGUGCCAGCUUGGUGAAUAAGACACAAAGCUUCAGUCCGCUUCUGUUGAACUGCAUUUUGGCCGUUGGAUCUCGGUUUUCCGAUGAUGUCCAUGUUCGAUCGGAUCCAAACAACCACAAUACAGCCGGCAAGAUGUUUCUGGAAAAGGCUAGAAUAUUUCUCUAUUAUGAGCUUGAGAAGCCUAGUUUGACUACUAUCCAGUCAUUACAUAUCAUGGGAAUGGUUUAUUAUGCAAUGGGUGCAGAUUCCGCUGGAUGGCUCCAUACGGGAAUGGCAAAUCGACUGGCCUUGGAUAUGGGGUUGAAUAUGGAUCCGUCUGCUUUUGAAGAUACAACUUCCAUCUCCACGCAGGAAAUUGAACAACGGAGGCGGAUUUACUGGACGCUGUAUUGCCAUGAUAAACUGUCAGCCAGCUACUUUGGACGGGUCUGUUCUUUUCUGGACUGUCAAGGAGCAGUUAAUAUGCCCUCUGAUCCGUUCCUCAAUGCGUUGAUUGGACUGUGUCAGAUAUUAGAAAAGAUCUUGUGUUCCUUAUGGGGACUUAAACCCUCGCUUCGCGUGUCUGAACGACCCCCCUUUCUUCGAACUUGCAUGUUACGCCUCAGAUCCUGGUUCUACGAUCUCCCUCCGUCUCUACGAAUCGACCAACCGAACGACCUCCCCCAAGCAUAUACCCUCCAUAUGAUCUACUACACCACCAGAAUCCUUCUCGCAAAACGCUUCCUCGCAGACCCAACCCACCGACACACUCCAAAUGACGAAUCAACCACCCAGGCUACGCCACUGGCACGGUCUAUAUGCAAUGAAUCCGCCAGAUCGUACUGUUCAGUCGCGUACAAGUACCGCCAGCAAUUCGGUGGUUUCCGUCUCAGUCCCCUGACAGCGACGUAUUGCACGCUAUCUGCGGCGUUGGUGUUUCUCGGGGAUAUUCAUCGGGUUGGAGAAAUGCCUAAUAGCCGUGCAUCGCUUGAGCUGUGCUUGAAGGUUCUGUAUGAGCUUGCUCCGGCUUGGAGUCCUGCGUGCCAUAUUUUUAAGAAUCUGCAGAGGUUGUAUCAGAAAUCGAUUGAUCCGGAUCCAUCCACCACUGGUAUUGGAGAAGUCGAACCAGCUCUGAUUGGUAUCAAUGACAUCACAGUUGGUGAUUCACUAUUCACAUGGCCUGGUGAUAUGGCAUGGCUUCAAGGAACCCCGUAUGAGCAUGUGUCGGUAUUUCCAACAGGACCGGAGUUUCAAGUGCCGAACUCAUUCAACACACCUGAUAUAAACGGCUUUGACCCUCUUCUAUAUGAUUGCCGAACAGCAGACUGCGAUCUCUUCGAACUCCUGAGCUCCGAGUUUGAGCAAAACCAAUCGACCAACAUCUGGCAUCAGCAAACACUUUAA